GACUGGUUACAUGUUUGGCAAAGGUGUGUACUUUGCUGACAUGGUGUCCAAGAGUGCAAACUACUGCCAUACCUCCCAGUCAGAUCCGGUGGGCCUCAUUCUGCUCGGCGAGGUUGCUCUAGGAAACAUGCAUGAACUGAAGAAGGCUUCUCAUAUUACAAAAUUACCUAAGGGCAAGCACAGUGUUAAAGGUUUGGGUAGAACUGCUCCCGAUCCAAAUGCCACUGUCACUUUAAAUGGAGUGCAAGUGCCUCUGGGAAAAGGAGUCCACACUAAUAUUGAUGACACAAGUCUGCUGUACAACGAGUACAUCGUGUAUGAUGUAGCACAGGUAAAUCUGAAGUAUCUUCUGAAGAUCAAGUUUAACUACCAGACAUCCCUGUGGUGAGAGGGGCUGCGCACGAAGCUUCUUCAUAAAGAAAGGAAAAAAGACCACUGUUGCCUCCAAAAUGCUUGGGCUUCAUUCUCUGCAACCGAAGAUGUUUAAAAAAGGAGUGAUACUAAACCGUCCUUCAUGGUGGAUCCUUGGAAAUCUCGUCACUUUAUUGUGUUUUCACCAGUGGCAGACUUCCUUAGUAAUACAUUAGGUACCUAAAUACUGGCUUCUUCACCACAUUGCAUACAUCAUUACAUGGAGAGGUCUGGUGAUAACUUCAGGAUGUGUUGGUAAUCUGUCACUGGAGAAGGAUCUUAUUUUCCUGUAGUUCAUAAGGUAUAGUCCUGCAAGUUUAGGAGUGUUCAAGAGCCAGUCUGCAAACAUACACAAACCAAUAAUUUGCUGUGAAUCCACAGUAAAGUGAAGACUAAGAUACUGUAAGCAUUUUGACAUGUAUAUACUUGUUUUGUUCGCAUCUCUAGCUGUCUUCCUCACUAAAAAGAAAAAAAAUGUGAUGAGUGUUUAUGCAAGGCGCCCUAUAAAAGAUAAAGGCCAUACUAAGUGUUUUUUUUUUUUAUCUUUUUCUUGCUUCUCUCAAACCCAAAUAAAACAUUAGACAUG